AAGAGUAAAAUUAGGCAUAAAAUAACCGUUCUGUCGGCUGGGUAGACACAGCCGAGUAGAAAUAUAUUUGCGAACAGAAUUGCUUGCUUUCAACCAGAGGCUUUUCUAACAUAUCCGCUCCCUCUACUCUUGCAUAUAAUUCCCAUUCUUGAUUUAUUAACUUUUUCAGCAGAGCAUCACUUUUCUGUUAAUGGCUUCCACUUCGACAUCUGGUCGAGGAGAGCAGGAACCCGAUCCAUUUUUUGUACUUGAACCUCCCAACAAAAGGAUAAAAUCCGCCUUGUCCACAGAUCAGUAUGAUGUAUUCAUCAACCAUCGAGGCCCAGACGUCAAAGAAACUCUGGCUCGGCAGCUCUACGAUUCUCUACACCAAGCUAAGAUCCGCGCAUAUCUAGACCCUCCACAGACUGAACUGGGAGAUUUUUUCCCCUCUGCCAUAAGGAAUGCCAUUUUUUCAGCCGGAGUGCACAUAGCAAUCUUCUCACCGCGAUAUGUAGAAUCUGCUUGGUGCUUAGCUGAGCUAGCUUUAAUGUUUCAAACCAAGGCUAGAAUUAUUCCCCUGUUUUACAAUGUUAACCCUUCAGACUUCCGCUACAUCAAAAAUAGAGUUGCAGAUACAUUUUCAAUACAUGAGGGCAGAUAUCCUAGUCAUGACAUUGAACAGUGGAAAGAAUGCCUCCAGAACGUUUCAGGGAUCAAGGGCUACGAAUUCAACGGACAGAAUGACGACCUGAAUAAGCUGUGUCUUGACGUCGUGUCUGCUGUGAUUAAGGAGGCCAAAAAAAAAAAAAUUCCUCUUCAAGUUGCAAAAUAUGAGGUGGGACUUGAUGAGGUUGUGAAUGAUUUCCACAGCCAUUGCCAGAGAAAUGGACAGAUGAGAGAUAAAAUAAUUGGCAUCUUUGGAAUGGGAGGGUCUGGCAAGACCACUCUCGCCAAAUAUUUUUUCAAUAGCAAACAUUCACAAUUUAGUAAAUCGUCUUUUUUGUUUGAUGUGCGGGAAAACCAUGUCAAAGCUAAGCUGACUUCUCUGCAAAAUAAGCUUCUCAAUGAUUUGUUUCCUGAAAAACAUCUAUCAGUUUCUAGUAUAGAAGAAGGAGCUGCCUAUAUCAAACAUGAACUUCAAGAGAGCCACAAAUCAAGUUUCCUUAUAGUUAUAGAUGAUGUUAAUCAUCAAAAUCAGUUGGAUGCCCUAUUACCCAUAGAUGCCCUCAAUCCCAAUAGUUUGGUGAUCGUCACAACCCGUGACGAGAGGCUUCUUACACAUGCCGGAAUAAGGGUACGUUAUAAGAUGAAAGAAAUGAAUCUAGAGCAUAGCAGACUGGUUUUCUGCUGGCAUGCAUUUCAUAGACCAUCUUGUAAAAAGGGAUUUGAGAAUUUGGUAGACGGCUUUGUCAAAGCGUGUGGAGGUUUACCUCUUGCUCUUGAAGUAAUGGGCGGGCACGUUUUUGGCUGUGACAAGGCUUAUUGGAAGUUACAGUUAGAUGUUCUUAAGGCAAGGCUACACAAAGACAUAAGAGAUACUCUUAAAAUAAGCUAUGAUGCUCUGGAAGAGGAUGAAAAACAGAUAUUUAUGGACAUAGCGUGCUGUUUCAUAGGGAAAGAUGUAAGGAGGGCCAUAAGUAUAUGGAAAGCUUCAGGUUGGAGAGCCGAACAUGCACUUCAGACCCUCAAGGCCAAAUGCCUUGUUGAAAUAACUCUUGGUUUUGGGUCAGUGUCUUCGCCUGAUAUAAUUGACAAUUAUGAGUCAUCAUUUUUUUUCAGAAUGCAUGAUCAUCUCCGCGACUUAGGGAGAGAAAUGGCAGAUACUGAAAUGAACCAUCCUCCUCGGCUGUGGCAUCCUGAAGAUCUUAUUGGAAUGCGAGAUAUCAAGGGAAUUCAAGACAUUCUCACGUGGUCCGAAGGAAAAAGUUUCAGAUGUUACAGUCGUACUUUGGAUGAUGCAAGUAAUCUUGCUAUGGAAUAGUUAUUGGAG